UAUCAUAAUUUUAGAAAAAAAAGUCUGCCUUAUCUCUCGCACCAUGGCGUCUGGUAAGCGUUCCUCUAUCAGACGAAGUUGUAACAAUCGGCUCGUAAACCUGUCACUCAUUAUGAAGCUCUCGAGACGCGUCUAAAUAUUCCCCGUUCGCCUCACCCCCUGUCUCAAUGUUCAAUUAAAGGAUUGCCGUUAAUCGAAUCUAAACCGACGUGUCUUGAGCAAGUGCGCGAGCAGAUCUUACGUCGAGAGUCAAUUAACCUUGGAUGCGACACUAUGACAUCGCGAUAAACGCUAUGAUAGAACAGAACUAGCUCGAUAUAGUAAUCAAAAAAAUAUUUACCCGUGAAACAUGUUCGUUCCGUCUUUACCAAUCGUUUCCCGUCCCGCUUCAAACGCAGCGCAAUUGAGAUCCAGUUUAGAUUACGUGAUGAGGCACCGCGUUUUCUGAAAUUCUUCAUGGAAAAUUGGUGCUCGUUAUGCAAUUCGAUCUAACAGCGAGUAAUUGCGGCCGAAUGAUGUUGUUUCUUCGGUAACUUCCGGCAUCACCCCAGAUGAUCGUGUACAACGUCUAAAUAAUAAGCUCGCGUGUCACCGGCAAUUUCGCGACGCUUUAUCUAAGUCGUAACGUAAACAGUAGUUCGCAUAUUUUCAACGAUCCUUGUCGUUUUCUUUUACUAAAGCAACGCUCGAUGACUUUAUUAUUCAGAACAUGCAAUGCUUCGACUCAUUAUUUCACUGUGGUUCGACGAAUCAUCGGAUAAGUUCAACGUUAAUCGACAUAGACCGGUGAUUCUAGAAGACGUUUACAGAUAAAUCAACGGGGUAUCGUACCAAAUGAGAAGCUGGAACGGUUCAGUAAGAUCGUUGAAUGUCGAGCAACGAGAGCAGCCGGAAGAGCAACGUGGUAUUUAGGAAAAACGCAAGACUUCCAUGCAACUGUGGGUGGGAAGUGAGAUUCGGUUACGGCGUCGCGGUCACUCUGACGAUUUUCGAGGCAAAACGUUUUUUCAUGCUGAUACUAGAGAUAUUCGCCGAAUGGCAGAUCAUUCGAUUCGCCGGUGGUCUAAGACCGGUCAUUUUCACUUUGAUAAACGUCAGCUUGGGUUUACCGACUGCUCUGAUAACCGUCCGUAGCAUACGCGCACGAAAGGUGCCUCGUUGCUGCGCGGAAACGAGACGGACGCUGAAAUGCUUGCUGAUAGUGAUCGCGAUAUGCGCCGUAAUGAACGUGGCCACCCUAGUUUCCAUAGGGUACUACAUAAGCGUGCGGCAGGAAACGUUGAUCGACGUUUUCAACAGCUCGAUGCACCUGUAUAUUAGCGCGAGCUCUUAUAAGUACGCGAUCGACGAGAUACAGUUCAUCUUUCAGUGCUGCGGCCAUUCCUCCUACGCAGAUUGGUUCCGGUUUGACUGGCAGGGGGUGGAUUACGCCUCGCGUGAGGAAAUGUCGGUUCAUAACUCGAUAUCUGACGAGGAGUACAGGGACCGGAGCGUACCGUUCAGCUGUUGCAAUCUGCGAACAAUGGCACCGUGUGAGCAUACCGAGAUCCAGGAGAAGGAUAUGAGAACGAUAAACGCGAACGGCUGCGCUGAGAUCGUCAGCCCGGUUCUACUGAGAAUCGUCAUCGUCGCCUACGUAAUGACGAGCACUUUAGUGAUCAUCCAGGUGUUCCUAGCGUUUUUAAUUACCAAGAUCAUUCGCAAGCUUCUGUGCGGGACUUGCCGCAUGUACCACUUCACUACGUUCGUUGAAUCUACCACUGCGUCGGAAGGCACGAGCUCGGAGUCGGAGAGACGAUAUACGAGCUCAUCCCCCUCAAUCUGGCGAUCGCGUUGCUUGCCAACGAAGAGGCGCGAGAGACGAAGACGAACAGAUAAACGGACGAAGUACGUUUCUACGAAAGACAAAGCCACCCUGAAGGAUGACUCGUCCUCGUCGAUGGUGUCCUCGCCUAAAGACAAGCGUUCCACACCGUUCUGCGGAAUCGCCGCGAUGAUCAGGCCGAGCGCACACGAACAGCACACGAUAUCUAGGAAACAACUGUGCGACAGUGGAACGCGUUGAACAAAUUUGUUUAUUCCGACCGCGUAAAUCAUUUAUCGUGUCAAGGAUGAUAUUGGAUUUAUCGGGAUCUAAAAUAAGAAUGUGGAGUGCGCUCAGGUUUUUAUGAAAUCGAGAAGACAGAACAGACGGCAAGCAUUCCUGGAUAGCCAAGAACAGGUGCUAAUGUCCUGAGAGUAUCGAGUUUAAAGCUCGAGCAUUUGAUGAUUAGAAUAAGUGAAAUUUGCACAUCGCAUUAAGCGCACGUUAUGUAAGAAGAUACGUGCGGGCAGCGUUGAUAGGUAUGUCUUGAUAACAAACGAAAUACUAAUUACGAUGAUUAGAAUAAGGAGCAACAGCGAGGGAGAACCGUGCACGUGGUGGGGAUCGACGAAUCUCGCGUAUAGUAAUUCAAGAUCGUCCACACGGGAGUGCAGUACGACUCAAAGCAUCGAGCAAGACGCAUUAAAGUCGAGAAGGUUCAUAAUAUUAUUAUACCUCGCUCGUCUACGAAACGACUCGAAGCAGUGAAAAGUUUGUUCGGGAUCGCGUCUGUAUCGGGUGGCCGAGUUCCUGCACGUGGUGAGUUGAAUAAUUGUGCACGCGCGUCGCAACGGGCCACGUAUAUUUUCCCCGUCUCGUCCCGUCAUACGGCCGUGCUAUUUGAUCGGAACGUGAGCGACACAAAGAUCGAGGGAGAAGAGAAAAAAAGGUAGCAGGAGAAGAAAGAGGCACGCGUGAAAAAGAAGCGAUCGAGUGAA